AUGACGGCGAUUGCGACGUCGCAGAAGAAGACGGUCGAGCUGGCGCCGGAGAGCGAGCGCUUCCUGCGGUGCUGCGCGGAUCUUGCCAACGCCCUCAUCGAGGACCACGAGGCUACCAAGAAUGGCCGGCCGGGCAGAGACAUCAACCUCAACUCGCUGCGGGCGAAGCUGGCCAAGAAGCACAAGCUGGCCAAUAUCCCUCCGCUGACGGCCAUCAUUGCGGCGAUUCCCGAACAUUACAAGAAGUACAUCCUGCCGAGGCUCAUCGCAAAGCCCAUCCGAACGUCAUCUGGUAUUGCCGUCGUCGCCGUCAUGUGCAAACCACAUCGGUGCCCGCAUAUCGCUUAUACCGGCAACAUCUGCGUCUACUGCCCUGGAGGACCCGAUUCCGACUUCGAAUACAGCACUCAGUCAUACACUGGAUAUGAACCCACUUCAAUGCGAGCCAUCCGCGCGCGGUACGACCCCUUCGAGCAGGCCCGAGGCCGAGUAGACCAGCUCAAGUCCCUGGGACACUCGGUCGACAAGGUGGAAUACAUUAUUAUGGGAGGAACAUUCAUGUCAUUGCCAGAGUCGUACCGAGAGGACUUUAUUGCCCAGCUUCACAAUGCCCUCAGUGGCUACCAGACGUCGAAAGUAGACGAGGCGGUGGAGGCUGGCGAGAUGAGCAACAUUAAAUGCGUGGGCAUCACCAUCGAGACACGGCCAGACUACUGCCUGCAGCCCCAUCUCACAGACAUGUUGCGAUAUGGCUGCACGAGAUUGGAAAUUGGAGUCCAGUCACUGUAUGAAGAUGUCGCGCGAGACACAAACCGAGGACACACAGUGGCGGCGGUGGCAGAGACGUUUUGUCUGGCCAAGGACGCAGGCUACAAGGUGGUCAGCCACAUGAUGCCUGACCUGCCCAACGUCGGAAUGGAGCGCGACAUUGAUCAAUUCAGAGAGUACUUCGAAAACCCUGCCUUCAGAACCGAUGGUCUGAAGAUCUACCCGACACUUGUCAUCCGAGGGACGGGUCUUUACGAGCUGUGGCGGACAGGAAGAUACCAGAACUACACGCCCAACCAACUCAUUGAUUUGGUGGCACGAAUUCUGGCCCUCAUUCCGCCGUGGACACGCAUCUACCGUGUGCAGCGAGAUAUUCCCAUGCCGCUGGUCACAUCUGGCGUUGAGAACGGAAACCUACGAGAGCUGGCAUUGGCCCGGAUGAAGGACUUUGGCACCACAUGCCGAGAUGUGAGGACGAGAGAAGUCGGCGUCAACGAGGUCAAGCACAAAAUCAGGCCAAACCAGAUUGAACUGGUCCGCCGAGACUACGUUGCCAACGGUGGCUGGGAGACUUUCCUCGCCUACGAAGACCCAAAGCAAGAUAUCCUAGUCGCCCUCCUACGCCUCCGAAAAUGCACUGAAAGGUACACUUAUCGAGAGGAGCUUAUUGGCCAGCCUACCAGCAUGAUUCGGGAGCUCCACGUUUACGGCACUGCUGUCCCUAUCCACGCGCGCGAUCCUCGCAAGUUCCAGCACCAAGGUUUUGGUACCCUGUUGAUGGAAGAGGCUGAGAGGAUAGCCAGAGAGGAGCACGGAAGCGACAAGAUUAGUGUCAUUUCGGGUGUGGGCGUGAGAAGUUAUUACAAGAAGCUCGGGUACUGGCUGGAUGGUCCGUAUAUGAGCAAGUGGCUGGAUGGGCGUGACGAAAAGGCAUAA